AUGGACACGGGAAGUAGCCUGGUCUGGCUUCAAUGUGAUGGCUGCACAAAGUGCUUUAAGCAAAUACCAAUACCAUUCCCCAAAGGAAAUUCCUCAUCUUUUCGCACGAUUACUUAUAAAAGCAAGCCAGCAUUCUACAAGUGUGAAUACACAGAUGGAGACAGCACUCGCGGCAUCUUGGCCUAUGAAACAUUUUACCUCGAGACCAAAACAUCCGAGCUGGCAAAAAUCGAAAACAUCAAAUUCGGGUGUGGUGUGGAAAACAAUAUAUUAUAUGUGAAACUCAAAGAUAACAAGAUUGUCGGAAUAAUGGGACUCGGCUGGGAAGAGAACUCGUUCGUCAAACAGCUUGGACCCAAAAGCAAAGGCAAAUUCUCAUACUGCUUGCCUCGUAUAAACUCGGGAAACGCACCCAACGCGUAUCUAAGAUUCGGUGACGAUGCCUUAGCCCAAAACAAACUCACCAAAAGCACCCAACUGAUCAGAAUGAAAAAUAAAGACCUUUACUAUGUGGAAAUGCUGGGCAUCAGCAUGAACAGGGCUAAGCUCAACAUCAGUCCACAAGUGUUCGCAGUGAAGAACAGCAACAGCAGGACAGCUUGUUCCAAGAAUUGGAUACCCCAAUACAAAGAGUACUACUUACACUUAGAUACCGGAAGUAGCCUCACAUGGCUCCAAUGCAAUGGCUGCAAAAAAUGCUUCAACCAAACACAAAUCCCAUUUCCCAACGAAAAAUCUUCCUCUUUUCGAGCCCUUAUCGAAAAAGGUAAUCAAUUAGGUUAUGUGAGCGUUUAUGGAGAUGGAGAUAUCACGAGCGGCAUUCUAGCCCACGAGACUUUCUACUUCAAGACAAAGAAAGGAUUAGUGAAAAUCGAAAACGUGCAAUUCGGGUGUGGUUUGAACAAUGUAAUGGAAUACGGAGAGUAUCAAAAUAACAAGAUUGCUGGAAUAAUGGGAAUUGGGUGGGGCGAUUCGUCACUGAUCAACCAACUCGGACCGGAAGUGAAAGGAAAAUUCUCUUACUGCUUGCCGGUUAUAAUUUUAGAAAAGGCACCCAAAACGUAUCUAAGGAUCAAAAGGUCAGCCCUGCAAUUCAAAACACAGACACUUUUAACAGAAACACGGAUCGAGACCCAACAGUGCCACUACAUCUUGAAAAUCGGGAUCGGGACAUUCAAAUCCGACCCGCCUUACAAAGAGUACUACUUAGAAAUGGACACGGGCAGCAGCCUCGUCUGGCUCCAAUGCCAUGGCUGCACGAAGUGUUUCAAUCAAAUCCCACAGCCAUUUCCUGCCAAAAACUCCUCCUCCUUUCGGCCCCUUCUCAUCGAGAAGGGGCCCAAGCAGUACGAGUACGAGUACCAAGAUAGGGCCAUCACACGAGGUGUGCUGGCCCACGAAACGUUCCAUCUCAGGUCCAAAGCAGACAAAUCAUCGAACGCCUAUCUGGUAUUAGGGGACACCGGAAAACCACAGCCCAAAAGCUCCAGCAAAACCCCACUACUCAGAACAGACCAAAACAGCCCGUAUUAUGUGGCUCUACAAGACAUCAGCGUCAACAAAAACAAACUACGCAUAAAACCCGAGGUUUUUCUUUUCGACGGCAACAAUUUCACCGGCGGCUGCAUCAUCGACACCGGCACGCCGUAUUCAAGAAUCAUAACGCCCGCGUUCAAAAUCCUGGUAAAGGCGCUAGAAAACUAUUUUUCGAGCAAAAGGGGGCUGAAAAGGCUCGGACGAAAUCUGGGCCUGGAAUUAUGCUACGAAAGGAAAGGGCCCGGCGGGAUCGACGGGCUGCUGCCGGAGAUCACGUUUCAUCUGAAGGGAACAAAAGCGGAUUUCGUGGUGGGACCCGAGGCGGGUUUCGACAUUGUGGGGCGGCGUCGGACCGGAGCCCGCCAGUAUUUUUGCCUAGCGAUGGUGAGGGACGACGGGAUGACCCUCAUCGGCACGCACCAGCAGGCGAACAAGAGGGUAAUCCAUGAUUUCGGGAAGAAAGAACUGGUUUUUUAUGAUGAAGAUUGUUCUAAAUGA